AUGCCCAAGUACGUCAAAUUCAUGAAAGACGUUCUCUCCAAGAAAAGAGGAAUAAUAGAACAUGAAACUGUGAAGAUGAUGCAAGAAAGCUGCCAAUACUUGGGCAAACUCUCACCCAAGCUGCAGGAUCCAGGAAGCUUUACCAUCCCUUGUGUAAUAGGAAACACUUACCAAGGUAAGGCCUUGUGUGACCUAGGGGCAAGCAUCAAUCUUAUGCCUUCAUCAGUUUUUAAACAAUUAGCCACAGGACUGGCAAAGCCAACCACUGUGACGUUACAGAUCGCAGACAGAUCCAUUGUCAAACCGGAAGGAAAGGUAGAAGAUCUACUAGUUAGAGUAGAUAAAUUCAUCUUUCCCGCUGACUUCAUCAUUUUGGACUAUGAAGCUGAUAUUGAUGUUCCCAUCAUCUUGGGGAGAUCGUUCCUAGCAACUAGAGGAGCGUUCAUCAAUGUUCAAAAAGGGGAACUUACCAUGAGAGUACAUGAUGAUGAAGUUAAGUUCAAUGUCGUUAAAGCAAUGAAAUUUCAUGAUGAGGAAGAAGACUUGGAAGAAUGCUCUGCAAUCACUCUAUUAGACAACCAGAGUCACCUGAAACCAGAAGGUGAAGAAACAACAGAAGAACAAGCUCUACUACAGAAAGAAGAACAAAAUUGCUAUCUGCAGGAAAGGAAACCUGAACCCCUGCAGAGAACUGAGAAAGAAAAACAGGUCAAAAGACCAUCUUCAAAACAACCUCCUGACUUGGAACCUAAGCUCUUCCCUAGCACUUGA